CUGAACAUCGGAUUGAGAAUAACUACGCAUGAAGAGCGCUGCCUACUCUCUUUAACUGAUCAUUUUCCAGAAGUUCCCUGGAUGCUUGGUUGAUCUAUGAUCUGUAUUCCGUUUAUAAUGUUUGGUUAAGCAGGAAGUGGAACUUGAUAAUCGCAUUCAACGUUUUCUGCCUGAUCAUCACAAGACGACCGGACAUGUGAUAUUGAUCAGACUGAAUGUACGAGCCGUUUGCGUUGAAGGACAGAAGACGGUUGUUUCGAAACGUGAGAAGAGAACUAUGUAGGCUAGCCAGUAAAUCUGUUUGUUUCUGUGCACAAGGCGGCUAAAGCAAUACAAAAUGGUGCAUGUUUAUAAUUGCCACCCGUUUGCUUCCCAACACAUUGUGCCCACCGAGCAAGAACCCGGGCCGGUUUGUUGCGGCGGAGAUGCGCUUUUCGUCGUCUCAGCUGGAGGAUGCAAGAUCGAAGCGUACCAGAUGCAAGAGGAAGGAUGCCCUCUCAUCUGUCGAUUUGCUACAAUGGGAACAGUCCAUAACAUAUUGCACAGUCAGACAGGAGACUAUCUUGUCACCAUCGAGGAGAAAAAUAAAGCCACAUAUCUCCGUGCGUACACUAAUUGGCGAUACCAGGCGGUCGAGAAGACACGAGUAGGAGUCCGACUGCUUGGCCACUUGCUACGGGGUUCAGCGUCGCUCCGAGGCAUUCCCAAAGAGCAGAUGGAGAUCAUCGAAAUUCCGCUAUUCGAGCCCCCUCUUUGUGUAUCAUGUUGCCCGCUCACAGGUGACCUCCUAGUGGGCUGCGCCAAAAGUUUGGUGCUCUUCAAGUUGCGGCGGCAGACGCUUAACGACCGUCUCUCUGUUCUGGACUUCGAGCGUCUACUCAUCCUUCAUAUCCCAGGCUGGACGCCUUCGCAGGUGGCCCUGUGCGGCAGCUAUGUGGCCAUGCAGGCAGACUUGGAGGUGCUUGUCUUUCAGCUGCAGAAGCCUCAAACUGGCAAAGAGCAGCAACAGGACAAGGAGGAAGAAGAGAGGGACCAACAGCUCCAACUACAUGCCCUGGUUCCAAAGGAUAUGAUCUCCAGAUCGGACAGGCUGAGUGUCAGCGACUCUGGUAUUGGUGACAAUGAAAUGAAAAAGGAGAUGGCAGGCCACCUGGAACCAGAUGACUUCUAUAUGUUCCCAAAGAACCAAGAGAUGCUUGGGGAGCAGGCCAAGGACUGCGGUGUAUGUGUUACUCUGGAGUUGACUGGUGUGGAGAGUGAGGCCGGCUUUGGCACAGGAGUUAACUACAUCUUAUACAGGCGCUUUGCUCCUGAUUUCUUCCAAGGCAACAGUGUGGAGGAUACCUGUCUGCAUUCUCUCCAGCUCUAUCCACUGUCCACCAGUAACCAGGAGGCUACUGGUGAGGCCAAAUCUCCCGAUCCUGCCUGCGUGUUCUGUUUCUUCUCCCUGCCCAACACUGGCUACAUGUACAGCAUCAUGGGCUCAGCAGAGCUGGUCUCGUCUUACCAGUACCCAGAGAAGGCCCAGCAGGCCGUGCUCAGUAGCCAUUUCCUGCAUGUUAUCACCAAGAAUGCCCUUCAGUGUUUCUCUGUGCGAUGUAGUGCGGUGGCCGCCAGGGCUGAGGACCCCUACAUCGACACCACCGUGAAGGCUUGUCCUCCCUACACCAUGGAGGUUUGUGCAUUGCGCAUCCAGCUCUUCAUCGGUCUGAAGGCCCUUUGCCACGACAGGAACCACAUUGUCCUUCUGACCGCAGCGGACGUGGAGAGCAGAGAGGACAUGGAGAGAGCGGCCCGGAAGAGUCUUGAAUCAAAAGAUCACAAAACUCUAACGGGGAUUUUGCUAGCGGUAGGUAUAGAGCCAUCCAACAACCCCGCUUUGGAGAGCCUCCUAUCCAGGUCCUUUCUUGAUAGGCACAACUGGCUCAUGGACACAUUGAGAUCAGCAGCAGGAAGCUCUAGGAAGACUUCCAUCACCAAGCCUAAGGAGCCAAGUGAGAGUGGCCAUGGCUGGAACCUCUAUGUGGUCAACACCGUCUCCAGUCUCACCCUCUACAGAGAGAUGGUGGAAUACAGUAAGAAGUAUGAGGUGUCCGACCCCUUCUCUCUGAGCUGCGUCCACCUGCUGAGUGAGGCCCAUCUGCUGCUGCGGGCCUCACUGCUGGAGCCCCUGCUGGAGGCUGCCGAGAGGGCCGAGGUGCAGCAGGCCUUCAGGGAGAACUGUGCCCAGCUGGGAGACUGCUACAGCAGGUUUGACAAGAGGGACUGCCACCAGGCGCUGCCUUACUACAAGAUGUCCGGACUGUCGGUCACCGAGGUGAUCCAGAGGAACAUGUGCCCGGCGGACUCUCCUCCGGAGUAUGGCAAAGGCUUCCUGUUCUUCCUCAGGCACUCCCUGGAUGAAGAGGACAUGGAGGAGCUCAGUCAGGAGACGGCCAACACGGUGCUGGACAUCUUCAGCGUGGCGGAGCCGACACAGCUGCCUCACGUGGUCAGCAGCCCCUUCAUGCUGAAGAGCGACCCGGCCGUCACCCUGGGCCACCUGGAGCGGCUGGAGGCCGCCGGCGCCCCCUCGGUCACGCUCACCCUGGCCAAGGCCUCCCUGGCGCUGCGCAUGGGGGACAUGCAGCUGUACCAGCAGCAGAUGGAGCGCCACGCAGAGAUGCUGCAGGUGUACGGCUUCAUCGAGGAGCCCAAGCUGCUGCUGCUGGGUGGAGGGAGGAGCGUAGUGCCCACGCGGCUGGCGCGCCACCUCCACCUCGCCCAGCAGGGCCUGCUGGUGGCCGCCGCCGUGGCACUGCACGAGAACAACAGGGUCAAGCUGGAGGAGGCCGACCUCUUCUUCCAGGAGCUGUGUAAGGAGGCCGCGGAGGAGGCGAGCCACCCUCAGCUGCUGGUGGACUUCUGGGAGGCCCUGCUGGUGGCCUCCUCCCAGGACGCGGUCAUCCAGGAGCUGCUCUUCCGCCUCACGUCCGUCUACAUCGACCACAUCAGCCGCCAGCAGCAGCCCAGCGCUAAGCCACUCAAGACCGCAGACGACCUGAUGAACUCCUGUGUCCAUUAUGGUCAGCUCUACCCCUGGGUUGGCAUUCUGACGCCUGCACAUCUGCGCUGCAAACAGGCCUACCAGGAGGACCUGCAGAAGCUUCAGUCUCUGCUGUGCGGCCCCACGCUGGACGUGUCGUCCAUCCUCCCUCUGCUGGAGCAGCUGCCUGACGUGGACAACGCAGGGCUGAGCGUGCACGUGCUGUGCGCCACCCGGCUCGGACACACCGAGAGCUCCAUCGAGCGCCUGCUGGACCGCUGCCCACAGGCCAUCAUCUCAUUCGCCCAAGAUGAGCUAAAGAACGACAAAAUGGCUCUGUGGUGGCAGAAGCUGUUUCCAGAGCUGUGUGAGAGAACCCGAACAGCAGGAGAUGACAACAGCAUCUUACUGACUGCACUGAAAGAAACACUUGUCGUGGUUGCCAUGGAGCUGAAUCCCUUGGAAUUCCUGGAACUGUUGCCAGACGACGGUGCAGCGCAGUUCUUCCUGCCGCAUCUUCUGGAGUGUAGUCAGAGGAACCUGAUGACAUGAGGUGACCCAGACAGUCAUAUCCUCAGCACAACAGCUAGCUGUGUCUACACAGCUCAGUGCCAGUCGCUGAUACCAAAACACUAAACACUACAAGCCUUUAGACAAUCAGUCCACAGAGAUACUGUGGUUGCUAUGCUGCUUACUGAUACCCCGUAUAAGGUACAUGCUUUAAGUAUUUAAGCUUUAAGUAUUUAAGGUUUACAGAACUUGAGGUGUUGUUGUCAGGGA